AUUGGGCCUCCGGUAGCCCCCCCCUGGCGGGGAGGAGGAGGAGGACGACGGACAGGGCCAGUUUGCUGUCCGCCCGCCGCCCACUGUGGUGGGAAGGAGUUCCUCCGUGCCCACGGCCACCAUUGCCCACCUGGGCGGCCGGAGCCUCCCUGCCCCAGCCCGUGCCCGCCGUGCACCCUCAUCCGGUGUGAGAGCUCUCCUUCCGCUCCACAAACGAAUCCGAUCGAAGCGCCUGGGACCCGAGGGCCGGCGGUCGGGCGAUCGGGCGUGGAGGCGGCGGCGGCGGAGGCGGCAGCGCGGGAGGAGCCAGGAGGGCGGUGAGCGGUGGACGCCGCGGGCAUGGACUAUUCGUACGACGAGGACCUGGACGAGCUAUGCCCGGUGUGCGGGGACAAGGUGUCCGGCUACCACUACGGGCUGCUCACGUGCGAGAGCUGCAAGGGCUUCUUCAAGCGCACGGUGCAGAACAACAAGCACUACACGUGCACCGAGAGCCAGAGCUGCAAGAUCGACAAGACGCAGCGCAAGCGCUGUCCCUUCUGCCGCUUCCAGAAGUGCCUGACGGUGGGGAUGCGCCUGGAAGCCGUGCGAGCUGACCGCAUGCGGGGUGGCAGGAAUAAGUUUGGGCCCAUGUACAAGCGGGACCGGGCGCUGAAGCAGCAGAAGAAAGCACAGAUCCGCGCCAACAGCUUCAAGCUGGAGACAGGACCCCCAGUGGGGGUGCCCCCCCCACCCCCUCCUCCUCCGGACUACAUGCUGCCCCCUGCCCUGCAAGCGCCAGAGCCCAAGGGCCUGGCAUCUGGGCCACCUACCGGGCCCCUGGGCGACUUUGGAGCCCCUGCAUUGCCUAUGGCUGUGCCUGGCACCCACGGGCCACUGGCUGGUUACCUCUACCCUGCCUUCCCCGGCCGGGCCAUCAAGUCUGAGUACCCAGAGCCCUAUGCCAGCCCGCCGCAGCCCGGGCCACCCUACGGCUACCCGGAGCCCUUCUCAGGCGGCCCAAGCGUGCCUGAGCUCAUCCUGCAGCUGCUGCAGCUGGAGCCCGAGGAGGACCAGGUGCGGGCUCGAAUCGUGGGCUGCCUGCAGGAGCCAGCCAAGGGCCGCCCCGACCAGCCAGCACCCUUCAGCCUCCUGUGCAGAAUGGCGGACCAGACCUUCAUCUCCAUCGUGGACUGGGCGCGCCGCUGCAUGGUGUUCAAGGAGUUGGAGGUGGCCGACCAGAUGACCCUGCUACAGAACUGCUGGAGUGAGCUGCUGGUGUUUGAUCACAUCUACCGCCAGGUCCAGUACGGCAAGGAGGGCAGCAUCCUGCUGGUCACCGGGCAGGAGGUGGAGCUGAGCGUGGUGGCUUCCCAGGCUGGCUCGCUGCUGCACAGCCUGGUGCUGCGGGCACAGGAGCUGGUCCUGCAGCUGCAUGCGCUGCAGCUGGACCGCCAGGAGUUCGUCUGCCUCAAGUUCCUCAUCCUCCUCAGCCUCGACGUGAAAUUCCUGAACAACCACAGCCUGGUGAAAGAUGCCCAAGAGAAGGCGAACGCGGCCCUGCUGGACUACACGCUGUGCCACUACCCGCACUGCGGGGACAAGUUCCAGCAGCUGCUGCUGUGCCUGGUGGAGGUGCGGGCCCUGAGUGUGCAGGCCAAGGAAUACCUGUACCACAAGCACCUGGGCAAUGAGAUGCCGCGUAACAACCUGCUCAUCGAGAUGCUGCAGGCCAAGCAGACCUGAGCCACCAGCUGAGGCCCAGCCCGAGCUAGCAGCUGUGCGUGGGACGGGCAGGGCCUGGCUUAGGAGGUGGCCCUCACCGGCCGCGGCACUUGCCUGCCACCCAGAGUGCCCUGAGGAGGUGGCUGCCAGCCAUCCCUUCCUUUCCCUGCUCCCAGCUUCUGUCCUAGAGGCUGAAGCACAGCGCAGGUCAGGGGAGGAGGUCGGGGCUCCCUGGGAGGCCUUGAUGUCCUCCCUCCCCCUGUCCUGGAAUCAGAAGCAAGGGAAGUUAAGUGAGCACCUGUGGGGGAAAGAGAGCGGGUCUGUAGAUCCGGGUGGAGGGGAGGGGAGCCUUGUGUUUGUGACACUAGAAAAAAGUGGGUUUGCUAAAUUGGGCAGGGGCUAUUGGCUUUAGAGGAAAGCUGGACACUGGUGAGAGCCAAAGACCUCUCCCUGGCCCUCAACCCAUCUCGCUUCUGCAGAGGCAGCUCUGGUCCUGGAGUUUGCUACAGUCGGCCUUCUCUCCCCACGCUCUGCCUCCCCCCACAAGGAAGGGCUUUGGUACAGUCCGCCUCCCACCGCUGGCUGGGACAUUACUGCAAGAGUGUAAUCAAGAGGGUUUUGCCUUUUUGUUUCCCAGUCUCCCGGAUACUCUUCCAGGGUGUGUGUGCCAGAGGGCAGGGGUGGAUUGGAGGACUGAGUAGAGAUCCUGAGGGUAGGUUUCUUCCCCAGAUACCAGUCCCCAGUACCCCGAGGUUGGGCGGGGCUGGAGGCCGGGUCAUAUUUCUGAGUGUCCUGCUACAAUCCAGAGACCUGUGCCUCUCCUCCACACCAUGAGGUGAAGUGCAGGGGCCUUUGGCACUGUGGGCAGAAUAUGGCUAAACCCGGGAGGGUGCCCAGGUCUCUGGAACGGCCUGCGCUGAUGAGCCCGUCCUCAGGGCCCUGUCCCUCCUUGCCCUGUCCCGGCUGCAACCCUUGAAGCUGGCCCCAGCUCCCUGGCCUCCUCUGCUGUGCACCCUGCUUUCCCGUCGCUGUGGCAGCUUGUGCUGAGCCUGCCAGGUUGGACGAGGCUGGGCGUCCCUGCCCUGCUUUCCGUGGCCCUUUCUCAGCCCCCACGUCGGCCCCUCAAAAUGCAUGCCCCUGCCAAGGCCAGAGACCCACAGCUCCAAAACAAGAAGUGCCCUUAUGAAUCUCCCCAGCCCCUAAAGCCCUCAAAUAAAUUUUGCAAUUAGUUUCCA